AUGCUUUUCGACGACACUGCACUUCGCUAUGUCGCGGCUGCUUUUUUGGAUAUUCUCGAUCAUUGGCUUUUGGACGAAUUUUUGGCGUUGCCGAGCGAUACUGCUUUUACUCUGGGUAUCUCGAUGCCAAUAGUGAUGACGAAAAGGGGCGGCAUUGCCUUCUCCUCGGGAUUUCAACUCAACUACGAUCUACCCUGGAACUUGUCGCAGUUCGAACCGACGAUAAUUCCUGCGAGACACAUCAGAGAUCUCAAUUUGCAGGAAACUUACAUCACCAUUGAGAAUCUCUUGGACGAACACGGUUGGCGGGAUGGCAGGCAGUGCCUUUUGAGAACCAUCUGCGAGCUCGCGGAGACGCCGCUCCGCAGGACUCAGCAGGACGUCCUCGGGGAAGUGAUCCACCUAAUUUUAACGCCCACGGAGGACUUGCCGGUAGCGAUUAAUUCCAAUCACCGGAGCGCCAACAAAUUGUAUCAGGAAGCCGAACGAUUGGGUAGGUCUGGCGGUGAUUGCAUCCUUAUGUAUCCCGACUGUAUCGAGUCACCGUUGGAAUCAUUUACAGAGAUUGUGUUUCCUUAA